AUGGACAUUGCAAUGGCAAGCGGCUGCAUCCUUGUCAGUUUACAUGACCAUGUUAUUGAGGCUGUGGUUGCUUCUGGUCCUUAUGCAGGAUCAACUCUACUAAUCCCAAGGACACCACAUGUAUAUCAAGAAAUGGAAUUUCCAUUUACAUUUACACGUAAACAAUUCCCUAUCAAGCCAGCUUCUGCCUUGACGUGCAACAAGACACAAAGACAGACUUUUGAACAAAUUGGAAUAUAUCUUCCUACACAGUUCUUCUCACAUAGUCAGCUGUAUGUUACAUUAUCUAGAGUUCGAAAGAAAGCUAAUGUAAAAAUAUUGGCUGAGAGAAAUGGAAACAGUAUGAUUACUGACAAUUGCGUCUACAAGGAGAUACUACUUUAA